AUGCCGCUGCAGGACGAAACCCUCCGAGAGGUGUGGGCCUCAGACAGUGGGCAUGAGGAAGAUGGCCUGAGCCCGGAGGUCCAGCGACGCCCCAAGCAGCGACCGGUCCCGGGACAGAAGCUGAGGAAGAAGAAGACGGAGACCCCUGAGUCCCCCCGCCCCACGGGAUCCAAGCCCCGGAGACCAGGAGCGGGGCGGAGGGGGAGGCCGCGGGAGGAGACCGCCCCCGACCCGGCCAGGGCGCCGCAGACCGUCUACACCAAGUUCCUCAGGGACCCCGAGGCCAAGAAGCGUGACCCCCGGGAAACCUUCCUGGUAGCCCGCGCCGCAGACGCCGAGGACGAGGAGCAGGAGGAGGAAGAGGACAAGGAGGAUGAGGAGGAAGAGGAAGAAGAGGAAAAGAAAGAGAAAAUCCCUCUGCCUCCCAAGAAACCCCUGAAAGAGAAGGCUCCUGCCGACUUGAAGGAGAGGAGAGCCAAGGCCCAGGGCCUGAGGGGAGACCCAGGAAGCCCUGAUCCCCCACUGAAACCCCAUCGCAUUAAGAAGAAGGAUGCUCCAGCAGGGGAGGGGACCAAGAUGAGAAAGACAAAGAAAAAAGGGUCUGGGGAUGAUGACAAGGACCCCUUAGUGAGCCCAGCCAGAGCGAAGAAGAGCCCAGCAGCCAUGUUCCUGGUUGGGGAAGGUGGCCCCGCCGAGAAAGCUUUGAAGAAGAAAGGAACUCCAAAAGGCCCAGAAGAGGACAGGAAGGAGGAAGAAGAGGAGGAGGAGGAAACUGUGGGGACCAAGAACAGCAAUCAGAAGGGCAAAGCAAAAGGAAAAGGCAAAAAGGUUGGGAAGGAGGAGAGGGCCCCGUCUCCACCCGUGGAGGUGGACGAACCCCAGGAGUUCGUGCUGCAGCCUGCCCCCCAGGGCCGGACAGUGCGCUGCCGGCUGACCCGGGACAAGAAGGGCAUGGAUCGAGGAAUGUAUCCUUCCUACUUCUUGCACCUGGACACGGAGAAGAAGGUGUUCCUAUUGGCUGGCAGGAAACGGAAACGGAGCAAGACAACCAAUUACCUCAUCUCCAGCGACCCUACCAAUCUGUCCCGAGGAGGGGAGAACUUCAUCGGGAAGCUGAGGUCCAACCUCCUGGGGAACCGCUUUACUGUCUUUGACAACGGGAAGAACCCGCAGCGUGGAGGAGGCAGCGGUGAUGUGGGGAGCCUCCGGCAGGAGCUGGCAGCUGUGAUCUAUGAAACCAACGUGCUGGGCUUCCGCGGUCCCCGGCGCAUGACGGUCAUCAUUCCCGGCAUGAGUGCAGACAACGAGAGGGUUCCCAUCCGGCCCCGAAAUGCCAGUGAUGGGCUGCUGGUGCGCUGGCAGAACAAGACACUGGAGAGCCUCAUCGAGCUGCACAACAAGCCACCUGUCUGGAACGAAGACAGUGGCUCCUACACCCUCAACUUCCAAGGCCGGGUCACCCAAGCCUCAGUCAAGAACUUCCAGAUUGUCCACGCUGAUGACCCCGACUACAUCGUGCUGCAGUUCGGCCGCGUGGCGGAGGACACCUUCACCCUAGACUACCGGUACCCGCUGUGUGCUCUGCAGGCCUUCGCCAUCGCCCUCUCCAGUUUCGACGGCAAGCUGGCCUGCGAGUGA